CCCAUGGCAAUGCUGUCCGCUCUUGUCCGCAUCUUACUUUGAGCGCCAUAAUCUUGUUUGGAAUAUUUUCACUGCAAUGAAACGAUAAGGAAUUGAGUGGUUCGCCUGCUUGGCAUCGUGUCUGCAGAGAUGUUCAGCACCACUCCCAACAAGCUGAACCUGUUGGUCAACAAGCUGCACCAGUACUUGGCUCAUUCCGCUGUUGAAGACAGCAAUGGCACACCAACCGCAGAGGAUGCUGAUGGUCAAAAACACCACAGCUGUUCUAUGGUGAUGUCAAAAGGUCAUACAGCAGCAGAGCCAGGAGCAGAUAACAGAUACUCAAGGAGAAAACCUUCUGUCGUCAUAAAGCACUCUGGACUGGAUCAUUCUGGGGACUCGAAUGCAAGUGAGGAUGUGGAAUUGCCAGUUAACGAAAAUGGUCACCUUGAUAUCACUAGACUACCCAAAGGCACUGUGCUGGUCAGACCUGAACCUGUUGAUAAUGGAAGAGAUUACUUCAGGGGUCCCGAGUUUCGCACCCGAAAAUCAGGAGUGCUGCGCAAAGAGUUCUCCAGAAGACGUAGAGGAGAAGAGCACAUGGGAAUCGUCAGUUGCACCGCAUGUGGCCGACAAGUUAACCACUUCAAGAAAGAUACUUUCUACCGCCAUCCAGUUCUGAAAGUACUCAUUUGCAAGUCUUGCUUCAAGUAUUACCUGAGUGACGACAUCAGCAAGGAUGGAGAUGGAAUGGAUGAGCAGUGCAGAUGGUGUGCCGAAGGAGGCAACUUGAUCUGCUGUGACUUCUGCAGUAAUGCCUUCUGCAAGAAGUGUAUUCUGAGAAAUUUGGGAAGGAAGGAGCUGUCGGGCAUCUUGGAGAGCAAGUGGUACUGCUAUGUGUGUAGCCCAGAGCCACUUUUUAAUCUAGUGAUGGCCUGUGACAAUGUCCUCGAGAAUAUGGAGCAUCUGUGUCAGCAGCAGCGCAGAAGAAACCCAGUAGAGCCGGAGAAAUCGGAACUCUAUGACAUGUUGCCUCACUUACCACAAAACAUUGCUUUGGAUAAAUGGGAUCACACAGGAAUGGAUGGUAAUGUGGUGUUCAACUACAGUACGCUGCAGAUUUCGAAGGAAUUGACCAAAAAGGCCAAACAUUUAGUGGACUCAACAAACGUGUUAAACCGCACGUUUGUCAGUUUCAUAAAUACCGCAACAGUAAACAAACAAGCGCCUAACGUUCGCCAUUUGUACCUAAAGUCUUUUUUGUCGGUAGUAAAAGGCUUGCGAAAAUCACUUGCUGUGUUUGAAGAUGGCCUUAAAGAAGAAUUCAUAGACUUGGAUGUCUUAAGCUGUUGGGAAAAGUACCUUAGUGAUGACUUUGACUCUCAACCUGCUGCAGACACAGAGUUAGACAUCUCUGAUGAGACACGUUUGAGUGACUUGCAGAAAUUGGCAGCUGAACUUGUGGAAGAAGAUGAAUCUGACGCAAAGUGUUUCAUAGAUGGUAGUGUGCAGGACUGCCCUGGGGAGGAUGUGGAUUCAGCUUCUCAUGAUUCCACACAGACGACACAAAAGACUGACCAGAAGCCCUCUGAAACUGAGGUCAAUAUGACUAAAAAACUAGUAGUCAAACUUACACCUGUGCCUGUGGAGAAAGAGGCCUCCUCUAAUGCCACAGAGAUGGAUGACACCAUUAACUCAAUGGAUAAAAAGUCCAAAGGAAAAGAUAAACCAGAACAUAGUGAGACAGUUGCUCCAUGUGCUAAAAUUGACCGGAAGAUAAGCAAUGACAGCACCAGUGCAUCUCGACUCCUAGAAGAGGAACAAGGCAAUAGAAGAUCUCCUCGUGUCAAAACGACACCUUUGCGACGACCAAGUGAUGUCAAGGCCCAAACAUCUCUUUCACCAGCAGACAGUGAAAGUGAUUCUGACCCAGAGGUAACCAUCACCACAGCACCAGCCAAAAACACUGAAGAGCAAAGUCGAAGCACAGCAAGAGAUGACUCGGACUCGGAUGAAGUUCCUCCAGCUUUGCUUGAGCGAGCAGCUAUGACUCAGAGCUCUGAUGAAGCCCAGAGUGAUGAGGAUGAUGCAAAAGCAUCGACGAAGGUGGCCAAGAAAUGUCUCUUCUGGCUCAAUAAGAACACUCCAAUCUCACCCAAGAAGAUGUGCCGGAAACGCAAGAUGCUAGACCGCUCCCACGAGUCCGAAUCUAGUGACAGAAGAAUCAAAGCUAGAAGAGGAAGUGGGACAGAUCUCUCCAGUGAUGAGCAAGACUCGCAGAAGGAUAUGCAAUGCAUAAACAAGCUGAGUUCAAGAGGAAAGUGUCACCUCAUUAAAAGAGAAGAGGAAGGAUUGGCCAGAAAGCAGGGAAGACUAAGGGCUGUGAAGUCUAAGCCUAAUUAUCGUCAGGAAGUAAUGGAAUCAUCAUCCUCAUCAAGUGAAGAUGAACGGGACGACGACUCUGGGAGCGACGGAAGUGACCAGAAGAUGAAGCCAAUCACUGAUGAUGUGUCUUUACUGGGAGCAGCAGCAUUCCACCAAUCUUCAGGAGAUGAGGAGCAGUCUGGGCCUUCGUGGGCAGCAGAAGAUGAUGAUGAUCCCGAAAAUAGAAUCGCUAAGAAAAUGCUUUUGGCCCAAAUCAAAGCCAACUACUCCUCCGGUGAUGAUAUCUCUUCAGAUGAAGAAACGCUGGAGGAAGAGUCUGAGUCAGAGGUUGAUAAAGAGAUCAAACAAAGCAUUGAGGAAAAUGGAGCAGAUGAAAGUGGGGAAGACUUGACCUCAGAAUCAUCUGAGACCACAUCCACUGAGCCUAACUUCAGACACCAUCUGCUCCAACAUAAACUUACCUUAAAUGAGGGAACAUCAAGUCACGAGAGCAUAACAGAAAGCGCUGUAGGAAAGCAGGGGAGCAAGAAAAGAGAAAAGAGCUUUCAAGCUGACAGCGAGAGUGGAAGUGAGAUUAUAGCGCUGAGUCUGGAAGACCUUGGCCUGAGUGAAGAGCUGAGUCAGUCAGAGGAUGAGACUAAUGAAGACAUGCCCAACAGAUCAUCAUCUAAAAUAAAGGAGUCAUGUCUUGGUUCAGAAGAGAAUGAGAAAGUUCCCUGUAUUUGGUUGUCUGACUCUGACGUCGAAAAGAGUGAUCGAGAGGAUGAAGAUGAUAAGACUAACAGCCAAGGCACCCCAAAAGGACGCAAAAAGAUCCGCAAAAUUCUGGAAGAUGAUAACCUUCUCCCUGAGACCCAAGAAGCACUGAGAGAAGAGGAGGAGAGAAUUGAACGGCUGAGAAACAGGGAUCAACACUUGGAGGAGAGGCGAGAGAUCAUCAAUGUAGGGGAUGAACUGUCACAAGUGCUGUGUCCUGUCACUACAAAGCUGGUGUUGGAUCAGGACGAGGAGACCAAGGAGCCUCUCGUUCAGGUGCACACGAACCUCCUGACAAGACUGAAGCCUCAUCAGGUGGAUGGUGUACAGUUUAUCUGGGACAGCUGUUGUGAGUCAGUGAAGAAGGCCAACUCUGCUCCAGGAUCAGGCUGUAUACUGGCUCACUGCAUGGGCCUGGGAAAAACUCUGCAGGUGGUAGCCUUUCUCCACACGGUGCUGCUGUCAAAGAACCUGAAGUUCAGAACCGCCCUGGUGGUGUGUCCUCUCAACACAAUUCUCAACUGGGUCAGCGAGUUCAAGAAAUGGCAAGAAAACAUGGGACAAGACAAAGUCAAGGUUGCUCAACUGGCAACACAGAAGAAUUUUCCAGAACGGCUUCAUGCUCUGCAGACAUGGCAGAGAGAUGGAGGUGUCAUGAUAAUGGGGUAUGAGAUAUACCGCAUCAUGUCAUUAGCAAAUAAAAUCGAGAGAGAGCAGUGGAAGGCAGAGUUAAAGAGGAUACUGGUGAACCCAGGCCCAGAUAUUGUUAUUUGUGACGAGGGCCACAUCCUACGCAAUAAUGCAUCCAAUAUCUCCAAAGCUUUGAAUGCCAUCAACACUCGCCGAAGAGUGGUGCUGACUGGAACACCACUGCAAAACAACCUGGUUGAGUACCACUGCAUGGUCAGUUUCAUCAAGAAGAACCUCCUGGGCUCAUUGGGCGAAUUCCGAAACCGCUUCAUCAACCCCAUUCAGAACGGCCAGUGUGCCGACUCCACACCAAAAGAUGUGCGGAUCAUGAAGAAGAGAGCACACGUACUUCACGCCAUGUUGGCUGGAUGUGUACAGAGAAGAGAUUACUCUGAGUUGUCCCAGUUUCUACCUCCCAAACACGAGUACGUGCUGGCAGUGAGGGUUUCUCCACUUCAGUAUAAAUUGUACCGCUACUACCUCGAUCACGUCACUGGUGUGGGUCCCAUGACUAACACAGCAAAGAUGAAGGUUGGAGCAAAUCUGUUCAAAGACUUUCAGGCGCUCAGUCGAGUCUGGACUCAUCCCUGGUGCCUUCAGCUUAACUACAUAAGCAAAGUAAAAAAGGGAUAUUUUGAGAAGGACCGGCAAAAAGCAAUAGCUCUGGCAAAUGAAGAAGCAACUGUGGCUGAGAGUGCAACAGCAGGAAACAAUCCAGGCAGAACUGUGAUUAUUGAUGAUUCGUCGUCCAAAGAUGCUCCUGCAGUAGAUGGAGUGAUAGCAACCACCAGCUCGAGGUCUCAAAGUGCGGGUGAAGGCUGGUACAAGACUAUGUUAUCUGAGAAAGACGCCACAAUCCUGCAGCACUCAGGGAAGAUGGUGCUCCUGUUUGAGAUUCUCAGGAUGGCUGAAGAGCUGGGGGAUAAAGUGCUUGUGUUUAGUCAGUCCUUAAUCUCAUUAAACCUGAUUGAGGAUUUCCUUAAGGCUUCUCACCAGGCCAGACACCCAGCUUCAGUUAAAGGCAGCUGGAUUAAAAACGUUGAUUACUAUCGUCUUGAUGGCGCCGUCAGUGCUGUACGUCGUAUGAAAUGGGCAGAUCUGUUCAACGAUGCUACCAAUGUCCGUGGACGACUGUUCCUCAUCUCGACACGAGCCGGCUGUCUUGGCAUCAACCUGGUGGCUGCGAAUAGGGUCAUCAUCUUUGACGCCUCGUGGAACCCAUCCUAUGACAUACAGAGCAUAUACAGGGUGUACCGCUUUGGUCAGGAGAAGCAAGUGUUUGUCUACCGCUUCUUGGCUCAGGGCACCAUGGAGGAGAAGAUCUAUGAUCGUCAGGUGACCAAGCAGUCCUUGUCCUUCCGAGUGGUGGAUCAGCAGCAGAUUGAGAGGCACUUCACUCUCUUUGAACUCAGCGAACUUUACACAUUUGAACCAGACCUGCUGAAUGACCCCAACUCCAAGAAAAGCAAGAGAGCCACGUCUGUUCCGCCAAAGGAUGCGGUCUUAGCACAGCUCUUACAAACCUGUAACGACCAGAUCGUGUCAUUCCAUGAGCACGAAUCUCUGCUGGACCAUAAACAAGAGGAGGAACUCAGUGAAGCAGAGCGCAAAGCAGCCUGGGCUGAAUAUGAGGCCGAGUCAAACGCACCCAGCCUUCUGGUCAACUCCAGCCAGGACUCCUUGGAUAUGAAGACCAAUGAACAACUAUUGGAGCUGCUGAACAAAUGCAGAGCGAAUGUGUCCGAGGCUUUUCUGGCUCUGCAGAAGAUGAAGCCUCACACUAUUGAUGACUACAUGGCACAGACGCGGCUUCAGUAUCCACAGCUGUUUGAGGCUGACGUCAAGAUCAGGGCUGAGAUUUGGAGACAGUGGGACAUCAAGGAGCAGGAGCGCAGGCAGGCCUUCUAUCGAGAUGUUCUCUCACACCAACAAUCACUGACUCUCAGGAUUCAGUCCAUCCUGAACAGUCGCAGAAACCAGGUGAUGCAGACGAGUGCAGCGCUGAAUCAGCCCGGACGCACGUGAACACGGGAAGCACAAAGGGACAGUUGAGUGUGUGUUGGGGCCUCAUAUAACCACACGUCAACAACACCUGAACCACAACUCUAACAGUUACUAGGGUACUCUAAGUUGUUAGGUCGUAUAUUAUCGCAGUGAUCAGUUUUGUGUAAUAACUCGUCACUUUAGCUGAAGCAGAAGUGGAAAUAAAAUAAUAGAAAUGCAGAUAUUUUUGUUCCGUUGAUGACGGGACAUGUAACUUUAAAAUCUGCCCCAACUGAUGACUACGUUCAAUAAUGCAUCAAAACAAACCAAUGAUGAUAUUUUCAAUAUAUACUGCUUCAGAGCUAAUGUUUCCACUGGGUUUGUGCCUUACCAUUCACACUUGUGUUGUUUGUUAAUAUUUUAUAUGAUGGUUUCCAGUUGUAAUAAAUGUUGAAAUAAUUUCUCA